GCGGCGGCGGCGCAGCCCUCGCUGCGAGUCCGCGGGGUCUCCGAGCACAAACCCAGCGCGGGCUCCACGGUCGGCGUCGCGCGCGCGUGCGCGCCUUCCCCCUUUGGCCCCCUACCCUGCAGCAAGGGUUGCGUGACGUAAUGCAACCUCAGCAUGUAGGAGCGCUAUAAAGCAGGACGAGGCGGCGCGCCUCCCAGACGCAGAGUAGCCUGUGAUUGGCUCGGGCUGCGGAACCUCGGAAACCCGAAAGCUAGGACCUUCCAGGUCCACAGCUGCCGCCCCCCGCGGCACUUGAGAGCGCGGCCUCCGUCUGACUGGCGGCGGGGAAGGCGGUGGCGGCUGCGGCCCCGCGGCGGCGGCGGCGGCGGUGACAGUAGGUAAAGAACAUUUUCCCAAAGAAAAUGCAUUGUUUUGAAGGAGAAAAAUAAACAGAAAUUUUGCAAAAUUCACCUUACAAUCUGUAAGGAAAUCUACAGUUUCUUCAACCCACUUGUAUAAAGGAAGCAGUCAUGUUUCAUGAUUCCUCAAAACUGUGAGACAAGAGAAUGUAGUAGAGUGAGGCCAGAAGUCCUUACUGGUUCAAAGAACUCCGGGGAAACUUGUGAUAGAACAUUUUGCAUUAUAAGUAGAGCCCCAGGAGCCAGAGGUGAAUACAAUAUCCACAGAGCUCCGCUGCAGGGCUGAUCUGGGUCUGGAAGAAAUGGAUGAGAGCUACUGGAUGCCAUUCACUAAUACUAGACAUCUGAGUCCUCUAAUAUUUGUGAAUGAACUUUGUUAAGUAUGGAUUCAGGUGGUGGAAGUCUUGGAUUGCACACUUCAGACGCUAGAAUGGCCCAUACCAUGAUUAUGCAGGAUUUUGUGGCUGGAAUGGCUGGUACUGCACAUAUCGAUGGAGACCAUAUUGUUGUUUCAGUUCCUGAAGCUGUAUUAGUUUCUGAUGUUGUCACAGAUGAUGGGAUAACUCUUGAUCAUGGCCUUGCAGCGGAAGUUGUCCAUGGGCCUGAUAUUAUUACAGAAACUGAUGUAGUAACAGAAGGUGUGAUUGUCCCUGAAGCUGUACUUGAAGCUGAUGUUGCCAUUGAAGAAGAUUUAGAGGAAGAUGAUGGAGAUCAUAUCUUGACUUCUGAACUAAUUACAGAAACCGUUAGGGUACCAGAGCAGGUUUUUGUAGCUGAUCUUGUUACUGGUCCUGAUGGACAUUUGGGACAUGUGGUCCAAGAUUGUGUUUCAGGUGUUGACUCUCCCACAAUGGUAUCAGAAGAAGUUCUUGUAACUAAUUCAGAUACAGAAACUGUAAUUCAAGCAGCUGGUGGUGUUCCUGGUUCUACUGUUACAAUAAAAACUGAAGAUGAUGAUGAUGAUGAUGAUGUCAAGAGCACUUCUGAAGACUACUUAAUGAUAUCUUUGGAUGAUGUGGGAGAGAAGUUAGAGCAUAUGGGGAACACACCAUUGAAAAUCGGUAGUGAUGGCUCACAAGAAGAUGUUAAAGAAGAUGGAUUUGGUUCAGAAGUGAUAAAAGUGUAUAUAUUUAAAGCAGAGGCUGAAGAUGAUGUUGAAAUAGGUGGGACAGAAAUUGUCACAGAGAGUGAAUAUACCAGUGGACAUUCUGUAGCUGGCGUGCUUGACCAGAGCCGAAUGCAGCGAGAGAAAAUGGUUUACAUGGCAGUUAAAGAUUCUUCCCAAGAAGAGGAUGAUAUCAGUUAUGUUGAAAUAUCAAAUGAACUGUACAUGGAAAUAAUCGUAGGGGAAGAGGAAGGAACACUCCUUAAGAUUCAGCUUGAGAUCUCUGAUGUUAAUAAAACAGGUUUCCUUGUUGUCUAUCCUGCAUCAUACGGUAGGACACUAUCCCUUCUUAUAGAUGAAAGAAGAGUUUCCCGAAGGUAUGAAGAUUGUCAAGCAACAGGAAACACUUUUGACUCAGCAUUAGAAAACAGAAGCACUACAGCAGCACAGUACCUUCAAAUUUGUGAUAGCAUUAACACAAAUAAAGUACUUAAACAAAAAAUCAAGAAGAGGAGAAGGGGAGAAACAAGGCAGUGGCAAACAGCUGUUAUAAUAGGGCCUGAUGGACAACCCUUGACAGUAUACCCUUGCCAUAUUUGCACAAAAAAGUUUAAAUCCAGGGGAUUCUUAAAAAGACACAUGAAGAAUCAUCCUGAUCAUUUGAUGAGAAAGAAAUAUCAAUGUACAGAUUGUGACUUUACAACUAACAAGAAAGUGAGUUUCCAUAACCACUUAGAAAGCCAUAAGCUCAUAAACAAAGUUGAUAAAACCCAUGAAUUUACAGAAUACACUCGAAGAUACAGAGAAGCUAGUCCACUGAGUUCAAAUAAACUCAUCUUAAGAGACAAGGAGCCGAAGAUGCACAAGUGCAAGUACUGUGAUUAUGAGACUGCCGAACAAGGACUGUUAAACAGACAUUUGCUGGCUGUUCACAGCAAGAAUUUCCCUCAUGUUUGCGUUGAGUGUGGAAAGGGUUUUCGUCAUCCUUCUGAACUUAAGAAACAUAUGAGAACCCAUACCGGUGAGAAGCCAUAUCAGUGUCAGUAUUGUGUCUUCAGGUGUGCAGAUCAGUCAAAUCUGAAAACUCACAUUAAGUCUAAGCAUGGUAGCAACUUGCCAUAUAAAUGUGAGCAUUGUCCUCAAGCAUUUGGUGAUGAAAGAGAGCUUCAACGCCAUCUGGAUUUGUUUCAAGGACAUAAAACACACCAAUGUCCUCAUUGUGAUCAUAAGAGCACCAACUCAAGUGACCUUAAGCGGCACAUCAUAUCUGUCCAUACCAAGGACUUUCCUCACAAAUGUGAAGUCUGUGAUAAAGGUUUCCAUCGUCCUUCAGAGCUUAAAAAACAUAGUGAUAUUCAUAAGGGUAGGAAGAUUCAUCAGUGUAGGCAUUGUGACUUUAAAACAUCAGAUCCAUUUAUUCUUAGUGGUCAUAUCCUUUCAGUUCAUACUAAGGAUCAGUCAUUGAAGUGUAAACGGUGCAAGAGAGGGUUCAGGCAACAGAAUGAGCUGAAAAAGCACAUGAAGACGCAUACUGGAAGGAAGAUUUACCAAUGUGAAUAUUGUGAAUACAGCACCACAGAUGCAUCUGGCUUUAAACGACAUGUGAUUUCAAUACAUACAAAAGACUAUCCACACAGGUGUGAAUUCUGCAAGAAAGGAUUCCGAAGACCAUCAGAAAAAAAUCAGCAUAUAAUGAGGCACCACAAGGAGACUCUUAUAUAGUAAGAUCAGUAUAAGGAAAAAAGUUAUUUACAAAAUAAGAUUAAGAUAUGCUAUUUGGGAGGAGAAUCUUACUGUUUUAUCUGGUUUCAAAGCUUGAUAUUAAGUCAUACCUUUACAUUCUUUGUAUUAAAGAUCUUAAAAUAUUUGGAUUAAAAGGGUAAUCUCAUAGCCCUUUGCAAAUUACAUAAAGAAUUUAAGAAGCACCAUAGGAUGGUUGCAGAGGGACUUAAUUGUGUAUUAACAGUAUUAUAUGCAUAACUAAACUACAGAGGGGAAAGUUAAGACACCUUAUUUGAGUGGUAACACUAGAGUAAGUGUUUCCGAAAGGAGAAUACAUAAUUGAUUUAGAAAUGCUUUGCUGUAGCAAGCAGCCUCACUUUUAUGCAAUUUUAGAAAUGGGGUGGGCAAAGAAAAUGCAGUCAUCCAUCAGUCACUUAGUCAUUGAGCCUUUUAUAUUGUACCUGGACAUUGGAUUCCAGAAAUGGCAAAAGUUUUGUGUAUUCGUUACAAGGAAUCUCACUGAGAAACCAAGUUAUAUUCAUUCAGUACUAGUAAAAAAAAGAACUUCAGAGUUGCUGAUAUUUUAUCACAGGAUAGGAUGUUUAAAACAUAGCAUUCUGUACUGAAAUCUGAAGUGAAAUAUAAGAAAUAAAGUUCCAGUUUUGAUGUUCAAGUAGAUUCAGUAUGGCAUAUAUGAUAAAAGUGUAUUUGAGUCAAAUGUGGCUUUCUAAAAUGGAUGCAACUAUGUUACAAAGUCAGCACUAUGUUUCUUAUAAUCUAAAUAUUAAAUUGAGAGAACAGUUUUCUUAAAUAUUAAAAUAUUUAGAAUUUUUAGGACAGUUUUAGUAAGUAUGACUGUUCAAGUCUUACUUGCUGUAAUGUUUAAAGGUGCAAUUUUAUGCCAUUAUUGAAAAGUUUGAUUUUUAAAAUCGAUAUACCAUAUUCUUAACAUGAAUUUUCAAUGAGGCGGUAUUUAUGCAGUAGUUGACAGAACAAUAUGCUGCCAAUAGAGUUUGGAGGUGGAUAUUCAGUUUACAGUGUAUAAAUUUAAAAUAUGCAUCCCUUUAACAACGCUUUGUGUUAGCAUGCUGCAAAUCAAAAUGGCGCUUAAUAUUAAAAGCUGGUGUAGGGAAUUUUAAUGAAAAUCCUGUUCAUAAAUGUAAUGCAUAUGAUGUGUACUUUUAAGUUUUAGUUGGCUUAAUUUAGUUUAUAUUCAGCUGUUCAGCAUAAUUAAAAUGAAAUUUUUCUUCAUGCUAUAAUUGUGGCUUUGUGUUUUAAGUAAUAUUCACCUUUCUGUUUUUGCACCAGAUAAGAAUCAGUUACUUGAAAAUAAAUUUUUUUAUCUUUCUUAACUUCAGAAUACUAAAUUUGGAAAAUCUACUAAACUUGUGUGUUAUGUGGCUGUAAAUGAUGUACACGCUGUAAAAUAAGAUUGUUACUGUUAUGUGGACUUAUUAUUUCUAAAUGUUACUCAUUGAAAUGAGCAUACAAUAAAAAGCAUUUAUUGCA